AUGGGUCUUGGGACACAGUUUUUGUGCCUAAUGGUCGGAUGUCUUGGUUUGACGGGUUACCAGUAUUAUAGUGAGCUUACAACGCCGUUACCGGUACCAACGCUUAAACUCGACGAAUACUGGGGACCUGGUAAUGGAGCGACGUAUCAGGAGGAUACCACAAUUCGUCCGUUCAACAUUUCCUACAGCAAAGCGGUGAUUCAGAAGCUUACCCGACAGCUUACCGAUCUGCCCAAUCUUGCUCCUCCACUCGAGUAUGCCGGUGCAUUUGAGUAUGGGUUUAACCGUGAUCGUUUGCAAGAAAUUUUGAAAUAUUGGCGCGAACGUUACCUUCCAAAAUGGACAACCGAGCGGGAACCGUAUCUUAAUCGAUAUCCACAUUUUAAGACACAAAUUCAAGGUUUGGAUAUACAUUACAUCCAUGUGAGGGCCAGCGAUGUCGGGUCUGCUGGUAAGAAGUCAAUACUUCCGUUACUUCUUCUGCAUGGAUGGCCUGGUUCGGUUCGCGAAUUCUACGAUAUCAUUCCUCUGCUCACGGAACCCUCUGAGGAUAAGGAAUUUACGUUUGAAGUGAUCGUACCGAGCCUACCCGGUUUUGGCUGGUCGCAGGGUAGUGCAAGGGAAGGGAUGGGCGGUCAAAAGAUGGCAAUCAUCAUGAAGCAUCUUAUGGAACGCAUUGGUCACAAACGGUUCUUCGUUCAUGGAGGUGAUUGGGGCGCACUCAUCACAGACAUGCUGGGGACUUAUUUUCCGGAGAGCGUGAUCGGUUUACAUCAAUCUGGUUGUGGUGUAAUUGGAACGCUGGCGACUUGGAAAACCAUGAUCGCCAGCUUGGCGCCUUGGAUGUUUAUGGAGGAACAGCACAUUUCAUACUACUUCCCUCUAAAGCCAUACUUUAAUGAGCUACUGCUAGAGUCUGGCUACAUGCACAUUCAGGCUACGAAGCCGGAAACCAUCGGUGCCGUGCUGGUAGGCAAUCCGAUCGGAUUGGCUGCCUAUAUACUAGAGAAGUUUUCAACUCAAACAAACCGUGCCUUCCGUAUGGUUCCGGAUGGUGGUCUAGAGCGAGCCUUCAGUCUCGAUGCUUUGUUGGACAAUGUUAUGAUUUACUAUCUGACCGAUAGUAUCACUACCUCGCAAAGACUGUACGCGGAAGCAUUUAGCAAGCGGGAACUGUUUGCCGGCGAGCUGGAGCGUAUUCCCAAUACGGUUCCGACGGCAUGUGCGAAAUUUAAGCACGAUGUUCUCCAUACGAUCGAUUGGGCGUUGAGGGGUCACUAUACGAAUCUCAUACAGAGCCACCAUUUCGAUGAGGGUGGUCACUUUUCGGUGAUGGAGUUACCGGACGUCGUUUAUCGCGAUAUAAUACAGUUUGUGGGAAAAGUGUUUGAACGCAAAUAA